AUGGAUAACCCAGGUUACUGUUGUUAUUAUUAUGAUCAUUAGUCUCAUCUUCACAGAAGCAUCUCAAAGUGCCGUAUCGGCUUCUGCUUGCUCUCUGAGCAUGAGGUGUUUACGUGAAAAGAGUGGAUUGUCUCCAGUUCCCCCACUGCACAGUUGAGAGAAAGAGAUAAAUAAAAUUUGGAGGGGCAGCUAUGUUAGUCUGAUUCAGCAAACACACAAAAAGAGGCUCUUGAUUGCUUUAAGUUGCACAGAUUUAUUGUAGUAUGAGCCCAUUUCAUUAGAUGGAAUGUUAGACCUAGUAGGAACUUCAGUAGCUCAUGGGUAAGGCAAGCUGUAUUAUUUAUUAUUCCAACAGGCAGACAUAGACCUGAUUAGCUUGUGCAACCCUACCAUUGCCAGAAUCCCACCUUCAGUAGGAGUAUAACAACAAUUACAUCCCCCCUCCUUCAUCAGUUGUGUAAGCAUUUACUGAGAGGUAAUGGAUGGGAAUUAUAUAUUAUGGAAGCAAGUUUUUCACUGUUAAUAACCAAAGGCAAUGCCUAUCUACACUCUCUUGUUUGGGAGAGUUAACAUCAAAGCUGUUAUAAUACCAGUGAUAACUGGUUGUAUACAAGGAGGCAGGGGUGCGUGCACCUUUCGAUCCAUGAAAAGCUCAUCCCUUAUCUGCUGGCCAUUAUUCCUGUGCUACUUUAUCAUGUAUUUGCUCAAAAAGGAGCUUGCAGCAUUGAUGGCAAACCACUAGCAUUACCCUUUUGUUGGUAGGAUUUGGUUUGUUAAGUACAAAUAACAAGAAGACACGGAGUUAUCUUGUUCUUCACACCCUGUUUUUCUCCUUUGUCAAGAGGUUGAGUCCGACUUCCUCCGAAGUGUGCAUGCCCUCCUUCGUGAACUUGAUGGCCACCACCCAGCCUUCCAGAGCGAGAGAGGUAAGAGCCAGUGACCCGUGUGCCCCAGCUCAUCACUGAGCACUGAAGAGUUUUGCAGUGUGUCUGAGAACACCUCUCCCACAGCUAGAGAGAGCAAAAGGAAAUGACUUUUUAUGUUUGGCCAGCUGUGUUGGCAUUUCCUGGGUUUUCUGGUCUUGUUGCGAUACCUACCCAUAUGGAUGCAUAUGACUGGGUGUGGGUACCUGGUUGAUUCCAGACAAAAUAAUGUCACCAGUAAAACUCUUCCUUACUGGCAACAAUUGUAGAGAGAAGGAGCCAUAGCUUGGUGAUAAAGAAUAUGUUUUCCAAGUACAAACUGCUGUAACCUGCCCUGGGACCUUAGGGCAAGUAAGAAAUCAAAUGAAUGACCUAAUAAAUAAUUAAAUAAAAUAAUAUGUGGAAACCUUGAGGGAAGAGCUGUUUUUGUUUAUGGUUCAGUUCUGUCCGCUCCUCUUCUUCUAUAAGUGCAACUCACUUUCCUUCAUUGCAAUAUUCUGCUCUUGUCUCUUGCUGAUUCCUGACCCAGUGAAACAUUGAUAGCUGUUUUAACUUUGGUUCUCUUCCCACCUUCUUUCAGGGAUGCUGAGAUGGACUUUGCACAAGAAGAUUGACAGGAAUCCCAGCAAUGGAGCCCUCUUGAUCAAAAUUCUGGUGAAAGAACUGGAAAGGGUAAGAAUGUCCACAGAAGGAAGCAAUGGGCUGGAAGUUGUCUUCACAGUCCACAUGUAGCCUUUCUCAUGAAUACGAAUCUAUGGUUUAUUGCUGUGGAAAAAUGUGAUUAAAUUAAUAUACUGCUCUUCAAAUUGAAGACACUUCCAAACAUCAGAUCCUCUAUCAAGGCUCAUUGGCUCAGUCAUAAAUUCAGGGUAGCCAAUGCAGCCUGCUUCUGACAUCACUCACAAUCUCUCUAGUGUUUGUAGGGAACCAGCUGCCCCGGUGUUCCUUAUUGUUUAUCCUGCACCUUCCUGCCACUUCUGGUCCUUCUUACUCUCUCAUUAGAAGCCAUUCUUCCUGCAGAAAAACUGAUCUUUAGGUUGGCUGAAGAUAGUAUACUUACAGAGCAUUGGGAGGUCCAUGAUGUGUAUGCGCAUUCCACUAUUUUUUCCCCUAAGCAGAUGUUGCAGGAUUUUGUAGUGUUCCAAAAACCUGCAAAAUGCACAUGACCAAAGAUGUCACAGCUGCUUCAAGCUUCCCUCCUAGGCUUUAUAUUCAUAGAUUCCCCCCCUCCCCCUCAAAUGUCUCCUAAGCAUGUCAAGGGUAAGUCUUUAACUGAACGCACAGUCCAGCUGAGGUCUGGCUGGUACCAUGGCAAUGUUCCACCUAGAGUUGUCUCUGCUAUCAAAUGCUCUGUUGUUCUAGCUGCCAGCCCUCCUCCCUCAUGUGUUUUGUGACAGCAGAGGAUCCAAAAUCAGCCUCACAUUGUUGGAAAAUCUUCAGCGUAACCGUUUGCUUUCUCUAGGCAGAAAGAUGCAACUAUCGGCAGUACAUCAUCCCUUUGCUUCACACGCUGAUGUACACAUUGAUAAAGGUGAGAACUAUAAAUUCAUGCGGCUGUGAUAGCACAGGAAUUCCAUGCUGGGAGUUGAUGUGAGGUGUCAGCUUGCACUAUGGCCAACAGCUCUUAGGUUUCCAUGGAUACCACUCGAGAUUCUAUUUUGAAUUCUAGGGAUGUGUGAAAUGUGCAAGAGAGGGUGCCUCUAAGCAUGUGCAGCGUGUUUUUCCCUCCCUGCUGGGAAGACACAGACACUUUGAUACUUCUGGGGCUUAGGAGCAGAGUGUUUAAGCGAAAAUGGUCUGAUUUCUAGUUAGAUUUGAGCCCUAGCACCUCUCCCCUGUAGGAAUGGGUAAGCACUGGAUAUUGUCAGAGUGUCAGACAACAGUCUGAAAUGCAUUUAUGGAUGGCCACGUUUUCUUGUGCUGCUCCAUUCAUAGUUUAAAAAGAAGUGACUCAUUAAAAUCAAUGGUAAGAGGGGGAAAACGUGACUCAACAACAUCUCUGUGGUGGAAUGCAGGUGAUUAACGGUCUGUUUAUAACCAGAGGUUCUCCAACUUUACCAUAUGCUGUCUGCAUGCAUAAAAGAUGCAUAAUUCAUGUGAAUUGUGAAGCACAUACAUUAGCAGUGAUGCUGUCCCUGCUUGCAGACACCUUGGGAGAAUUACAUUUGCUCCCUGUGGAAAAAUGGUGAAAUACUAGCAUAAAAUCAGCUUAGCGAAAAUUCUGGAGCAGAAAACACCCACAGUUUUAUUGAAAAUGGAAGUCUGUAAUAAGGAAAUAGUGACAGUGAAAGACAUUUUUAUUUGAAGAAAUGUUUAGUAGCUGUGGGCGUCUCGGGAUAGCUGCAUUUUCAUACCCUGGAGAGUAAAACGACAGGGAAACAUAUGGUUAUCUUAGACUUAGACACUGCUUUCUCCCCCCUCCCGCCUCCUUGUAAUCAUUCAAGAUUCCCUGAGGUCACCAAAUAAAGCAAAUAAAGUAACAGAAGCAUUUAACCUUGUACAGCUACUCUGCAAAAGGAAACAUAUGAAUCUUGAUGAACCAUCUUCUCAGUAUAGUUGGAGUUCUCAGUCCAGAUUCCACCAAACAGCAGAUGCGAAUAGGCCUGAUUCCACUGAGACCAGGGGUGAAUUGGGCUGGUGAUUGUCAGCCAAUGCUACAGGGUACUUCUCAUAUUUAAAUAAUUUUUACACCGAAGUUUGUUCUCCCAUUGCUGCUCCAGGCACCUUGCAUCCCUGAUGAUUUGUAUGAGAGAGUGUACGAUUUCUGCAAGAAGUUACUAACUCUGCCCAAACCGUACUGCACCAUUGGCCUGGAUUAUGCUCGGCAGCUAAAACUGGAACGGACAAUACCAGGUGUGCAAUAUUCCACACUCUUUUUGCUUUCUUUUGGUUUGUUUGUUGAGGACCAUUGGGGAGGUGGGGGGAAAUUGGUCAAGCAGAAGAAAAGCACUCAUAAUUGGGGUGGCAUGAUGUGUUCAUCCAUCUGUCAGUUGGGUCCUGCUGCUGGUUCAUUUCAGCAGGAAACCAAUCAAAGUGGGAUGCUCUUAUCAUGGUUCACACUUUCCUUGACACUGAUAAGCUAACACUGGGCCAGAAACAUUGCUUAGAUUCCCCUGUUAGUGUGCUACCAAAACAGCUGUUCUUUCUGAAAGGCAACCUGCAUUUCUUUUAACACACAUUGCUUGAAGGCUGUGUAAAAACGCCCUGGCAUGCUUCUUUGUGCAAAGGCUUAUGUUCAGAUACUGCAACCAACUUAUUAAUGAACAACUUUAAUUGCUCAAUAAUGGAUGACUACAGCUCACUUAUCAGGUACCAUAAUAAUGGAUGACUACAGCUCACUUAUCAGGUACCUACUUCAUGAAUUCCAUUUCAAACCAAUGUUAUGACAUCAUUAUCAAUGGUGUGGUUAGUUAUACCAAAACCAAACCAUUGACCUUUAAACUUUGACUGAUAUUUAGAUGCUUAUUUUAUUCAUUAGGAGCAUUAUACCAAAGAAUGGUUUCUGCAGAGCAAAGUCUCAAGAACGACUCAUUCCCCUAUCAGGAAAAGUAAGUAUAGGGCCUCUCACCUGUCUUAAAGUGACAUAUUUAUCACACACACACAAAAUAAAUCUGCACUAAUCUGUGGCUGUCUCUAUAUAUGUUAACUCUUCAUUCCCCAGGGUUUUCAUGUUUGUAGAUCCAGAACUGCUGUCCGAAGCUGUAUGCCGGGCACUCAUUGAUGAAAUCAAGGCUGCUCAGAUGUCCCAGUGUAUGAAGUCCUGCAUGCUCUGUGUGAUAGAACGUGCCUUCCAAACGGUGCUGAAGGAACACGGUCACGUUAAGAACGUGCACAGCAUUCUUCAGGUACCAUAAAGAUUUCAUUGAAAUAAAUGAAAUUCCAUAAGCAGAAAUGCCAGACAUUCCCAGUCACUUGCCUCCCAUCUGGAGGGCUGCCAUUAUACAGUUACUCCAUAGACUAUUAUUCUCAUACUGGGGAUGGAUGUGUGAGCAAAAGUUACUCAGUGUUGCUUCAGAUGAAAACUGUAGAAGGUAGAGAUUUAAACAAAACAACUUGUUGGCUUAAGAACACCACUCGAUCCAGUACACUCUGGCAUAUAUAGACAAAAAACAAACGGAUCACCUUUCUCCCACUGUGUAAAAGGGUACGUUAACUGACGGAAAGAAAGCAAACGAAUCUUAUGGUAAGUGGCUGAUUCUUGGGGUUUUGUUAGUCUUCUUGCAAAGUUAUACGUCCAGACAGAGACUUUGUUAAUGCUGAGCCACAGACCUGAUUAGUUCCACCACCACCAAGACAGCCAUCUCUAGAAUUUCUAAAGUUACCUGGGAGUAUGGCCAAUUGAACUCAUGGAAACAUAUAAAAAAAUAGGUUCCAAAUUGUAUAGAAUGUUUCAAGUUUUUAAUGAAUGUUUCAGGCUCUGCAUCCCCUCUAGCAACUGCCAUGUUCUUGGUGACUUUGUCCAUUAAUAAGUGUUCCCAAAGCCUUUGAAUUUGAACCCUAGCCUUGACAAAUACACCAAACUUGACAGAUACACCAAACAUUUUCACUGAUUGUAAUUAUUGCUCUUGCUGCUGCUGAGGAAUGUAAAAAUAUUUUCUCAUGUAUUGUAGACUAUCAGUCCUUUGGAAAACAGUAUUUCAAGUACUUGGAGACUUAGGGGUAUUUUGUUUUAGUUAUGUUAUUAAUUUUGUUUAAGAUAUUUCCCCAAAUUUUCCUCCACUAGAGGAUAUGACCACCAGAUGCAGGCAGAUGUACCAGUUCCUUGACAUCCUCUCCAACAUUUAUUUGAAGCUGUUUGACUAUCUUUUGCUCCUUGACUGGGACUUUGUGCCAAUGAGAAAGUACUUAGAGGCUGCAGUCCAUCCAUUUAUGUUGGAGAAAGCCCCAUUGAACUCAUUGGGACUUAUGUCUAAGUAGACACAUAGAGGGAUUGUUCUAUGAAAGUCAGUUCUCUUGCCUUUGGCGCUUAUUGCCUUCCUUGAGCCAGAAAUAAAACACUUAUCCCAAAUUGAAUUGUCUGUUGGCAUUUUAACAAGAUUUGUUGGACUACAGAUGGGGGAGAAGGGAAGCUUAGGAAACAGAAGGAAGGAAAUUACUCCCAAAGUCUUAAAAGGUCAACUUUUAAUAAGAAAUAUUAGAAGCAAACAAAGUUUUAAGAAUACUUUUAAGAAACCUGCUAGCUGUGCUGUCAGGUGUUGCAUGUUUACCUAUUUCCCCAUGUGUUCAUACAUGUCAAUGUGUCAAUGACAAAAUUGUUUUUGAGUUAGGAAGAGCUGAGUAUUGUGAGUACCAUACAUGCGUAGUGUAAUUUGCUAUAAAGAAAAAAACCUUGAAUAGGUGUUUGCAGUCUGUGAACUUCAUUCCAGCCAGGACUCCCCCCCCCCCCGAAAAAUAGGUGCUAGUACUCACCAUGAAGUUGUUACAGUAAGUGCCCAGCUUUUUAACAACAACAACAAAAGGUGUUGGUACUGCGUACCCUUGAGUACCCCUUGAAAAAGAAAGCACUGAUUCCAGCAAUGAUUCAUUACUCCUUCCCCCUGUGGCAGGCAAAGCCCUUAGAUGUGACUGAGCACUAUUUUCAGCAAGUGAUGGCUGCCAUUGAACAUGCAGGAAGAGACAUGAGUGCAGAAUACAAUCAAUAUGUUGAAGAAUUGGGGAAAAUCUACAGCACAUUGCUGAGCACUUCAGAGAAAGGUAAGUGUGGCCCUACGAGGCUGGGAUGUGAAAAAGGACCCCAGUCCCUGCACUUCAUCUGGAAAUGAGCCCUGAGACUUUAUUGUAGUUGCUUUUGUGGGCACUUCCCACAGCACCCACAACAGUGUGAAAGGCAAAAUCAUUGAUUUAGGUACUGAAAGGAUGGAAACUGAUUUAUGCAGCCAAAGGGGAUUGUGUUUUGUAGCUCUGUGCUUUGUUCAGGAUCACCCCCUUGCAUAGAUAUUUGCAUGCAGUCCUCGGUACUAAAAAAGACCAACUUCACAGUGAUUUCUGAGGAGAAGGAAAUUUGUGUGUCUGUUCAGUAAGCGUGACCCUGUACUGGUCAGAGACAAGAAGGCUAAAUGGGCAAAAGUGCCAAGUAUAAUUUGGGGGUCUGCUCAAUGGUAAGAGGUGAUAUUACUGGUCACCCCAAAUCAACGAAGAGGGAUAUCAUAAGCUUAUUUAUUAUUGCAUGUCUAUGCCACCUUUCCUCCAAGGAGCUCAAGGUGGUACAUUGUUCUCCCCUCCCCAUUUUUCCUCACAACAACCCUGUGAGGUAGGUUAAGGUAAGAGAGAAUGAUUGGCCGAAGGUCGCCCAGUGAGCUUCAUGGCUGAAGAGGGGUUUGAACCCUGGUCUCUCAACUCCUAGUCCAACACUCUAACCAUUACACAUUGCAUGUGAAACAUCAUCGUUCACCUACAUUGAUGUCAUUUGACACUUUUAAAUGUUAGUUAUCACCCAGCAGGCAACUGCACUAAAUAAAGAUACAUCUUUUCCCCACGACGUGAAAUAUAAUGGAUAAAUGUGUAUUUCUGGCAAUCACAAGGCUUUUUCUGACUACAGUGGUACCUCGGGUUACAUACGCUUCAGGUUACAUAUGCUUCAGGUUACAGACUCCGCUAACCCAGAAAUAGUACCUUGGGUUAAGAACUUUGCUUCAGGAUGAUAACAGAAAUCGUGCUCUGGCGGCACGGCGGCAGCUGGAGGCCCCAUUAGCUAAAGUGAUGCUUCAGGUUAAGAAGAAGCUUCAGGUUAAGAACGGACCUCCAGAACGAAUUAAGUACUUAACCUGAGGUACCACUGUAUCUGGAAUUGGUGCUGUUCAUUGCCCUGAAGAAACUGCUGUUUUGCCAUGUAUCAGCCUCUGGCUAGCUGCUUCACAUUUUUCUACAUUAGCUUAGUUAUAAGAAUGCUCUUCAUCAGCUAAUGCAGGGCAUAUGAGCCACAGUUUUGUUUUGUUUUUUUAAAAAGCCCAUGGACUUCCACUUUCCCUUUACCGUAUGUUUCCCUCGACCUCUAGUGUAGUUCCUAGUCUCUGCUUUUACUCGUCUGGCCUUCACUUUACUCCUUGAAAUUGAAAGAUUAACAAAAAAAUUCUCUCUGUCCUACAGAUGUGGAGAAGACAGCAGUAGAAAAAAGUUCAGGCAUCCCUUUACCCAACCCUAACAUCAGCUUCCACUUGUGGAGAGAUGAAGACCAGCUUUGUGAGUGUCUGUUCUCAUGGCCUGUAUCUCACUUGGAAGCAGCUGUUGUUAUCCUUUUUCACUCUGUGAGAGGGCAAGCAGGGCGGAGUCACUCCAGGGAUGCAGUGUCCCUGUGGUCACUGCAAGCAAUGUGUCUUUGGCCCCUUCUGGUUUCCUUUUGGCUACCAUUUAUCCUUUGAGGUGUAGUUUGCUGCAGACAGUUCUUUUGGGGGGCAAAUGGCAGUGAGGAGGGGCUGCUUCUCAGAAGAAAACCUGCAUGAGGCCCUGAUCCAGAGUAGAAGCAUAGGGGCCCUAUGCUCACAGGGUUCCUGUGAUUUCCCCCCCUUUCUUUCAAAAUAAAAUUGACCAGUUUAAGCAUGUCUCUUUAAAAGUGUACUGCUCAUAACAUGUGCUUAUCCUUGCCAUGCCUACUUUCUUUAAAAUAAAGAAAGAUAAGAUAAAUAUCUUUCAACAUGGGGGAAAUAUUCACCUGUAUUCUGAAGUUGUAGAAUCCCAGGAGGGAGGUAACAUGUUUUUCCUCCUGAACAUUUUGAUUGGCUCUAACCAUCUCAGGGGAAAGGAUGGGAACCAAUAAGGUAGUGUUUUCGUGUCAGGAGGCAGCCUACAUUAUAUUAAAACAUGUUGCGUAUGUGCACAUAGACUGAAGUAGUCUGGCCUAUGAAUGUGGGCAAGAAACUUUACUUUUGUAGUGUUGGGACAAUGCCACACUGUGCCAUGUGAAGAUUCAAGAAUUAUGAUGGCCUCCUAGGUAUUUCACAAACCAUCUCUUCAUUUUAGGGAAGGAGUUGGUGCUAUUCCUCCGUUCGCCAAGUCAAUCCUGUGAACAGGAUUCCCUGAGUCCAGAACUGGAUAUCUUUGAGUUUCAGGAUAUGGGGCCAGACUUUGACUGCUGUGAGCAGACACGUUUCUCUGUGCUCUCCAACGACAGCGGGAUUGAGCGAGACCUGCCCAAUCUGGGCGAUGAAAAUCAGUCUUCUUACACUCCUGAGGCUGAGCACUCUCGGCUCCAGAGGAAAGGUUGCAUGAAGAAGAAGGGGUCUCCUCUGGACAGCCUCGCUUUCCUACAGAGCGGCUCUAAUGGGCAAGGAGCAAAGCCUGCUGGGAAGCUGCAUCGGAAAUCUGGGGGUAGCGUCAUGGAGCCGGUGGCUCAGCUGAAACGGCUGCACACAGCUCGUGUCUUGGUACUGGGUGAUGACAGAAUUCUGGGGCGCCUAGCCCAGGCCUAUUACUCCCUGAGGUAAGUGACUGUCACGAUGACUUUGAGAAGAGGGAGAGUUUUGCUGUGUUUGGGACAGAGUUGCUGUUUCUGUGUGGUGGAGUUGCAGUAUCUCCUUCUAGGCCAGGGAGGUCCAACUUCUCAUACCAAGUGGGCCGCAAGAAUACUUUGACAUGGAACCCAUGGGCCACACACUGCCCAUACCCUCCAACAUUUCUCUGAAGAAAAUAGGGACAUCCUAUUCCAUAAUAAUAAUUUAUACCCCACCCAUCUGACUGGGUUUCCCCAGCCACUCUGGGUUGCUUCCAAUAUAUAUAUAUUGUGUGUACAUACACACACACACACACACACACACACACACACACCAAAACAUUAAAUAUGAAGAAAACUUCCCUAUACAAGGCUGCCUUCAGAUGGCUCAGGGGUUGGAUAAAUCCAUACCCUCCAAGAUUUUUCUGAUUAAAAUAGGGACAUCCUAAGGAAACACUGGACAUCCCAAGAUCAAACCAGAAACUGGGGCAGCUUCUGUAAAACCUGGGUGCCUUCUGUAAAACCGGGACUGUCCCUGGAAAAUAGGGACACUUGGAGGGUCUGACAUUGCCUUGUCGUGUGUGUGUGGUGUGUGGAGGAAGCAAGCCCAAAAUUUGAUGCUGCCCUCCCCGCAGCCCUCACACUGCCUUCCCAAAGUGAGGCACCAGGCUUUGGGAAGGAGGCAUGAAGCUCUGGCAGGGUCUUAGAGCGCUCCCACCUCCUUCUCAAGCACUAACUAGGCUUUGGGGAGGAGGCUGGAGGAAGGGUGGUGCAAGGGCUGGGCCUGCGGGGGUGUCAAAUAUUGCCAAGGGCUUCCAAAAAGGUAUUGAGGGCCACAUUAUGCCCUGGGACCAUGUGUUGGACCACCCUGUUCUAGGCACUGCUGAUGUGAAAGCAUGGUCAUGAUUAGAACAAGGUGUUAGUAUGAAAAUGGCAAGGGCACAGGCAGGUAGGUCUCUUUAGGGUGCUCAGCAUGACUUAAUGGGAAGUUUUAUGCUAGGCUAGGGGCAGCGGGGGGAGGGGGAGGAACAUACCAAGGAGUUCCAUGGGAAAUAGUGGGAACCAUAUUCUUCCUGGCUAGAGAAUGAAAUGGAUCCCUCCCCCUACAUACCAUUAUUUGUGGCUAUCAGAAUACUAUGUGCACAGGUCCACCUGUGUCCUCUCCACCACAAGAGAUGAGAUACUGGGAUGACGUAAGAACAAUUUUCUCUUCCUCAUUUCCAGGAAGCGGGAGAGCAGACGUGCCUUUCUUACACCAAGGCUAAAAGUGCAAUUUUACUAUGUGCCUGUUGUGGAGGAACAACCCACAUCUUCCCCCACCGAGGUGAGCAGCUCAGGGCCAUGCAGAGGACGACAGAGCUAAAUUGUGGCCAUCCUCUUCCUACCACGUUCUUAUGCUCUUUGUGCUGGUGAGCUUAUUCUUCUACUUCUCUUCCAGGAAGGUGCUCUGCCUGACCAGACAGAGCCUUGUGAGUUGGCUGCUUACCUUGGAAGAGCUGAUCCAUGGUACGAGAGCAACAUUAACACCCUCUGUCACAUGAUUCCGAAGCUGGCCACCAUGGUAGGAGAGGAGCCCUUCCUUCUGCUUGUAUUCCUUAGAACAGGGAUAGGAACCCAAGGACUCCAACUCCCAUCAGCCCCAGCCAGCAGGAGCAAAUGGUCAGGGACGGUGGGAGUUGUAGUCCAGCAACAUUUGCAGGCCCACAAGUUCCCCACCUCUGCCUUAGAAACAACAAUGGGAAUUUCUGGAAUGUUCUUCAGAGGGCAGAAGGAACUGUCACUGAGGCUGGUGCUCAGUCAGAGGCAAGGGCCAAGUACUUCCAGAUCUUACGUAUACCUGGGCCAAGGGUAACCCUGAGGCUCCCACCAGCCCUCAGCCAGGAUGGUGAAUCAUCAGGAAAUAUACGCAUUAUAGUCCAACAGUUGGAGAACACUGUGUGGGCAACCCCUGAUCUAGACUUACAUCCAUUAGCAUGCUUGCUGGUGAAAGGCUAGUUCUUCCUCUCCAACUCAUAAUAGAGGUAGAAUAGAAUGGCCCAAUUUUUUAAAAAAAAAAAAUUAGUAUUUCACUUUCUUGGCUCUAGUGUUGUAGAUACAACGUGAGUUGUGUGUAUCAUCCCUUGGCUGCCUAAUUCACCAAGCAGGUGAAAUAUCAGGAAUGAUCAGGAAGCUAACAGAAAUAGCAGGUAACUUGGCAGUUGGUUUGGACUGAUGCAGUCGACUUUGAUCCCACACAGCCCUCUUCUCCAAGCAAAUCUACAGUCUCUGAGCUGUUCAUCCUUGACGUGAUUGCGUACUAUGUGCGUCUGGGCUUGCAGCCAGUCUUCUUCCAGGUGUAUGCAGUGAAGGUCAGUGCUCUCUUCUUGUUCUUUGAGCAUUGUGAAGUUUACCACCAGGCUGUACAAAAAUUAUAUUCAUGACACUUGUAACAGUUCACCCACUUGGAAGGAACCAUGCUUUGAGAGCCUCUUUCUGCCUUUCAGGUUUUCUUCAGUAAUACAGAUUUGGAGCCUGUUGAGGACAUUUUCUUGAUUGAACUGAGUCUAAUGCUUGAAGACUUCAACCCUUCCAGAGGUCUGUAUCUCAUUUCAGGGCUCCCUAGAUAUCGCAGAGCUCCUUUCAGAGCUCCCCGAUCUCUCCAGCUGGGGAAGUGUUUGCUGGUCUUCAGCCAGGCUGUGUCUCAAGAAAAUAAAAAGUUAAGAAAGGAGGCAGAAGGGUAACUGGUCAUUGGGGAAAAACACCAAGUUGUGUGUUCUUCUGUGAUGCCAUGAGUUGCAGAACUCAUUGGCUCUUAUUUUUCCUGUCACUUUUAUUCACAUACUAUUCCCACUCCAGCUGUACUUAUAGGUCCUUAUAAGGGAAAGUAUGCCCCAAUAUUCAUCCUCUCCCCUCCCCCUGUAAACUUAAAUGGGAAGAUAGCUGUGUCAGUAUCCCAGCUAAUUGAAAUCUGUGGCUGUUUCUUUUGCAGACACUCUACCAACGAAAAAGAAGGUAGCAGUAGAGGUUCCUGGUGCAGAUCUUACACUCAUGUAUAAGAAGGUGAGAACAUUUAUAAAUACCGUAUUUUUCGCCCCAUAAGGCACACCGGCCCAUAGGACGCACCUAGUUUUUUGGGGGGAGAAAUAAAGAAAAAAAUCCCCCCCAGGCACGGGGCUGGGGCGGGAAGCUGUCCCCCGAGCUUGUGGGGCUGGCGGCGGGGAGAAGCAGGCUCCUCCCUGCCGCCAGCCUUCAAACCAGGUCAGGGGACAGCGGGAUGGCGGCGUUCCGCCUCCCCGCUCUCCCCCGAGCUGGUGGGGCUGGCGAUGGGGCUCUCCUGAAGCCUGGAGAGCGAGAGGGGUCGGUGCGCACCUCCAGGCUUCAGCGAAAGCCUGCAUUCGCCCCAUAGGACGCACACACAUUUCCCCUUCAGUUUUGGAGGGGGAAAAGUGCGUCCUAUAGGGCGAAAAAUACGGUAGUAGGCAAGAAGGGACAGGUACAAAGUCCUGGCAAUCAUCAUGGCAUUCUAGGCAAAAUAUUUCACCCACAUUAAUUAUUUGAGGCUAUGAAUGCUGAAAGAACCUGUAAUUUGUUUUCAUUGAUGGUCCAGAAAAUAUGGAUAGACUUCUAGAGAGAGAAUUAAUCUGUCCUGGCUUUUCUUCCUGCAUAUUUCAUGCUUACCCAGAAUGAUAGGCUUCUUAGUUGCUGGAUGGAUGGGGCUAGUUCUCCACUGUUCUCUGUGCUGAUUGCCCGACACAUGAAAGGCAUAGGACAAUGGUCUACUGCAGUAAAAAGAAAAAAAGAGCACUGUUGCAAAAUAUAGAAACAGCAAUGGUUACACUGUAUGGCUGAAAUAAUAACCCAUUGUUUCCAAUAAGGAUUGAUGCAUUUUUUUCACUGGGAAACAAUGGUGAUUUCUGUCUAGGUUUUACUGAGUAACCGUGAGAAGGAGGAGACACUUUCACUGCGAUCCACAGGCCUGGUUAUUAAAGCCAUUCCCUCAAAUGAGACUGAAGGUAAAGGCAUUGUAUAGGUGGGGACAGCACACACUGGUUUUCUGGGCUUCCACUUUUCUGGAUUCCUAGCUGGAUUCCUGGGCGAGAGCUGGAGUUCUGCAGAUGACAUGCACUCUUGUUCCAAAGUGAAGGAGCAGUCUAAACUUGCUUCAUGGUAGGUAUACAUUCUUUUUGCCAACUUGCUACUGUCACAAAAAAAAGGGGAGCGGUUAAGAUGUCCACUUCAUUUCUGAAGAGAGGGACAGCUCAGAGUUAAUCUAAUGUAUAUUUUAGAAAGCUGUUUGUUCACUAUGCAUUUGGACUCUUCUUACAAUAUUGUAACCAAAAGUAUGCAUGAUGGAUCCUGAGAUCAAACAGCAGGUUUUUGUCUAUGUUUUGAAACAGUUGGAUACCAUUUUGCACCAAGAUGGUGGGCUGAAACUUUCAAAACUCUACUGAUAUUUUGAUUUCUUAGAAUUCCUUAGCAACUCUAGGUAUGAGGCUGCUAGUAAUCAAAUAAGAGAAACAAACAAGACGCACAGAAUGCCAGCAAAUUGGUUUGGGAGAGACACAUUUAAGCAAUCACAUGGUGUCUGUCCCCCCCCCCAAAGAACCCAACAGUUGUUUUCUUAUGCUAAAAAAUGUUCUGUGAAAUGAGUGCCUUAAGAUGUUGCAGAUACCCUAUCAGUCAGUGUUCUGCACAACUCCUUCUGCUUCAAAUUGAUGAAACUUGUUCCUCCCACCCCAGGCUCAGUCCUCAAAAUGUUAUGUAGGACAAACAAUUAGUGAGGUUUCCAAAAUUGUGUGACACCUACUUUUAUGCAUGUCUGUUUUUUCGUAGACACCCUGUUCCUGUGAGGGAGCAAUCAGCUGCUAAAUUACGGUUUUAAAAAAGAAAUGAUAAAUGAAUGGUGGGACUUGUGUUGGUUAUCAUCUGUGAUGCUACAUGCACCACCUAAUAGGUGCCAAUGAAACUCAUACAACCACCUUCCAUGCAGCAAUGGAGGAGCUAAGCUGGGGAACAAAUACACACAUUUUCCCCAGCAAUUUUGAACCUCGGGGAAAUGUUUGUAUCCCUUCAAUAUAUCCUUCAAAGUCCUUCUUUAAGAAACACUUGGAUCUUCCACAACAGGCCUAGGCAAACUUUUGAGACUACAAUUCCCAUCAUCCCUGACCAUUGGUCCUGUUAGCUAGGGAUGAUGGGAGUUGUAGUCCCAAAACAUCUGGAGGGCCGAGUUUGCCUAUGCCUGUUCCACAAAAACAGAGUAUGUUCAUUGUAGCUGUAUGUUCAUUGUGUAGCCCCCCACCCUGCUCCCACAGCCCCCCAUGUAUCUUAAAAGGUCCUAGGAAGGGGGUACAAGAAGGAACUAUAAAGUCUGAGUGAACUUCUCCAUGCCGUUUCUCAGGAUAGGAGAAACAGUGUUCUGACUGUGUUCUAGAGCUCUCUUCUACUGCUGAAUAGAACAAUGUUAGUCAUGGAGGAAAUUUGGGGCAGUGCUAAACAUGGCAGGGGAUCAUGCAAAUGCUUCAGUCGAGGCAAAAAGAAGGGGGAAAGUCAUGACUGAUUCAUCCAUCUUUCUUCAUUGUACUCUGCAGAUCUGGUGUGCUUGAAUGUGAAUACUACUGAAGUUGUAAAAGUAUCCAACCUCUCAGGACGAUCAUAUUCUGUAAGUGACACUCUGAUUCUUCAGAAUUAGGAACCUAGUGGUGCUGCUUAGUAUCUACAGGGGGAAAAUGUAGGAUUUUCCACCUAUUCUACAAUACAAAGUAGGAGAGAAUCAUAAAAUAUGUUACCCUCAAUGGAACUUUAUGAAUCCACCUAGUGUAUAAGUUAAGUUUGCUCCAAAUUUUUUCUGAAGCAAAAAUCAGCAACCCUAGACCCAUUAAUGAAUAAUCAUCAUAGUUGAACAUAAAAAUUACAACCUCCUUUCCUCAUUCUUCCGUUGACCAUGUCUGCUGAGUCUCCAUGGGCUUCUUUAUUAACUACAUCUUGCUAAAAUCUCAAAUUCCAACCAAAAAGACCCAGGUGUAUGGUUUUUUUGGGACGGAAACUUUCACACACAGCAGUUCUAUGUCACUAUGUCAGGUGCCAAAGCCACUCUGAUACUUGAAUCAGGAUCCCUUCAAACUGUUUACUUAGGUUAUUGAACCUUGUGCUUUCCCAGUGAGGAAUGCAAAUCCUGCUUUCCCAGAAAAGAAUGUUACAUGAGUCCUUUGGGUUAGAAAGCAAUCAGGCUUGCAAGGGUAUGUGUGCACUUGGAAUGGAAACUGUUAAGCUUCUUUGAUGAGCCCCUUAGUAAAUUGACUGCCUGAUGCUGACCUACAUCUCAGAUCACAGGAUAUGUGCAACACAAAGUGGCUUUGCCACAGGACAAACAGCUCAACAAGCAUUUCAUAAUUUCAAUUGCAUAGUCAGUCUUGGUGUGAUGCUGUUGCACAGAUAUUUUCUUCCUCUUUUCAUCAUGGCACUAUUCUUCCAAUAUGUAGCUCUUUACAAUUUCACAUGGCUAAAAUUGAAAUGACAAAGAAAUAUCCAUUGCCUUUCCAGAAGGAUAUAUAAGUCACUAGGUUUGUAACCCAAAAUGUUAGAUUCUAAAUUACAUUUAUUCCUCAAAGAUUAAUUUUAUGCUGCACCUGUGAAAGAAAGGAAAAAGGGGUUCCAUUUCAGGCUUAUACAUCGCAUACACUUGCUUUUCACUUCAGAUUUCUCCCCCAUUUAACCAUCAAUAAUUCCUACUGAGCUGAAGAUUUUUGAAUAAAACAAACUUAUAUGCACAGUUGGAACAGCAUUUCCAUUGCAAUUAGUAUCAGUAUCUGAAGUGAGAAAUGAAUUAUCAAUGAUUUCUCCAUUGCAUAAUUUAUCAAAUAGGCUGAUUACACCAGCAGUGAAUAUUUAAGUUUCCACUCUUGUCAAUGUCGGAACCAAGCCACUAUCUUGUAACCACUCACUUUGCAGGUUUCUAAAUGUUUAUUGGCAAUACAUAAUUAUCUUUUUCAUUGGUGAACCUAAGAGCAACAGUAAAAUGCCCAACAGUCAUGAUUAUAAACAGAUUUUACCAAAAUAAUCUGUCACAGUACAGAGCUUGUGUAGCGAAUUGCUUUGUGGAACCUGACACGGAAAAUAAAUGGCAUUGCAUUUUGGUUUGUUGAACGUGGUAAUUAAUGUUUUGUAAAAAAAUGCUUCGCUAAACUUGUAGAAGGACUGAUAUCAGUAAUGCAACCUGAGGACUUCAGAAGACUUAUGGGUUGUAUCUAACAAAGUUGUCCUGUUGUGCAAGGACCUGUGCAAUAGAACUUCCUCUCCCUGUGCCCCCUGCCCAAAAAUCUGCUCUGGAAUGUUGGGGUAACCCCCAGAACAGAUCUGGGUGGGGUGCAGGGGGCUCCAGGAGAGAAAAGAAAAGUAAGAUCCACUGUGCAGCCAGAGCUCCUUGCGCUAAUGGGAUGACUUCAUUGGAUACAACUGCAUGUUUUUUCCACCAAGUAGCAAAUAGGAGCUUUGAGAGAGUGGUGGGAAAGAGCACAGGGAUAAGGGUUAACCCAUCCUUCCCUAGUGCCACGGCCCCACUCCAAACUGCUCCCCUUGAGGCUGACAUUGCUAUUAAAGGCAGGAAAUCCUAUUCACAGAUCUUCUGAAUCAUGUCUGGAUGUGCCCUGAGAGACAGCUUUCUAGAGCAGGAUUUGUUCUGUGCUUACCCACCCUUUGCACAAUUCUAUUGCCGGUUUUUGUUUUCUGUUGCUAAGGUAGAAACUUGAGAUUCAUGCCACAGAAAACAAAAAACUUGCUAAUCCAGUAACACCAUGUAUUACAUCACUUGUUUGCAUUUGGCCUUGACUAAAAAAAGCACUCUAACCGCUAAGCAGAGCAUUUUGUUGCAUUUUUUUUCCAGUUAGUGACAAACACUAUUCGAACACGCAACAUCAAAAUCAGAAGCACAGAACAAAGGACCUUCACUGUGUGCCUAGACAAGGACUCUAGGAGACUCUACAAGAAUGUGACCAGGUAGGGCUCUCCAAUAAACUGUAUAUUAUUAACUUUUCACCCAGGUGUCCCUUCCCCAUUCCUCAAAGUCAGUUCUUGAACAUGGUGUGGGUGCUACUAAUAAACACUGUCAACUCAAGAACUGCCUCCAGGGAAACUGAAAUGGAUCAGAAGCAGUGGAGGACUUUGGUCUUUCAGAUUUCAGCAGUUUUAUGCUGCUUUAUUUGUCAUGGUCUGACAUUGGGAUAUGCAACUUAAAUCACUCUGAGGGCCACAUGUAUCUUGUUACUAACUCAUGGUGGCUAGAUGUAACUUACUGGGUGACAAAUCAAGGCUUUAGUCCUUUGCGGUAUUUUAAAACUCUGUUGGUUUUUGCGCAUACAUCACUGUAAAAUUUAGAUGUUUGGGGAAGAUAUUUUAUCUCAGUAGUGGGGAAACUUUGGGGCCUGAGGACCAGAGCUUUAUUUCCCUGCACCCCAUGCAUCAACUUUGACAGGUGAACGGGGCCACCCACCUGCUGAUGAUCUGAUGCUAUGAUGACAUUAGGUGCCUGAUAGAUGGGCAUGGUGAUAGUCUUGCUCACUGUCAAAGUUGUCUGGAGGGUGGUGGUCUCCUUCCUCAGCAUGUUCCCUAGAAGGAAAGUAGCACCCAGUAGGAUUGACCUUCCUAUUCACCAGCUGAUGAGUGCAGGGAAAGCACUGGUGAAGCAGCAGUCAGCAGGAUUGAACCCCACUGCUCACCCAUCACCUAGUGAUGUCAGCUGUCUAACAAGUGAGUGAGAUUUAGAGAAAAUGGCCUCAUGGGCCAGAAGUCCCCUAACCCUUUUCUCUCUGGACUGCAGGAUUCAGCACUGAAGAGUUCUCGUUUUACACCACACUCCUUGUCACAGCCUAAAUUUGCCAAACAAAGCUAUUAUAGCAUUUUUUGCCACCUUAAAGGUACUGGGUGAUAUUCAACUAACAUAUUCCAUUAGAGCAAGGAUUUACACUUGUGCAAUUGAAUGACCCCACCACCACCUCCUGUGUGUGCCCUGCAGGUUGGGGAUGCCCCUAUAAUAGAUUUAGGGGGUGUGCAGGAAGGUGGGAGUUCCAUUGUGCAAGCAGAAAUCAUUACGCUGAUGGGAUGUGUUAGCUGCACACCACCCAUGUUAUUCUUCUCAGACUAAUCAGCCUCAGUGAUUGUCAAUGAUAAUGUCAAUUAUUGGUGUGCAUUCAAAAUAUAUGCAAAGGGACUUCCGGGGUGGCGCCAUCGGUAAUGGCGGAUUCCCUCUGAUCUGGAGGGACUAGCUCCACGGGAAACAGGUCUUUUCCGCUACGGCGAGGUGGGGACCCAUUCAAAAAUCACAGGCGGAUGAAGCCUGUGACCAUGGGACUCGGCGGGCACCUUUAGCGCCCCCCCAACCCGCAAGGGAACCCACUAACGGGCUCCGGAGCGAAGAGGGGGAAGUGGCGCGGUGCUGAGAGUCAACUGCUUCUUCCGUGGAGUGAAGCCGCACAGCCGUUGCCGGAGAGUGCUGCCUUUUUCCUGGGACAAUUUGGCUUUUAAAACAAUCACCCGUGAGUACUUAAAUUUUGGACAAUUGGACUCUAAAUAAGGAUUUGUGAGCUGAAAGGAAAAUUGGACUUAAAAAGUUUACUUUAAUUUGGCACUGAAACGGGAAGGUCUAAACAGGAAGUCAGCCUUCCCUUUCUUUGUAGAUAGAUUAAAGCAAAGACAUGGCAAACUAGAGUUCUGAAAAUCGCUUGUAAAGGAUUAGCUUUCAUCAUUUUAAAUUGUUGAACCCCCUUCGGAAGCAGGAGAAGAGGGGGGAUUUUUUUUCCAGACUGUUUAAACCUGCAGAAGUGAGUGUAAAACAAAGUAACUUUCCACCGUCUUGAUCCUGGAGCGGGGUGUCAGGACUGACGUUUUUUGAAGCUCAUUGACCAGAGACAAACGUUUUUGACAGAUAGCUAAAAGAAGAGAAACAUAGUGACUCCAUUGUUCCCCUUCGCAUUUUAAAGGAACAAAUAUUGACAAAAUAUCUGAAAAAGGAAACUUUGUUGUUAGAUCUGUCUUUAAAAGAAAAGAACAAACAGAAGUUCUUCCCUAGAGGAGCCUGUGAAACUGUAACCAAUUUUGAAUCAGGGAGCUUGCAGCUGUCACAGAUUACGAUCGUGGGAAUAGACUUUUGACCUUGCAGGACAAUGUAUUCAGAAGCUCUGUUGUGUGCUUUCUGUAAAACAAGUGCCCUACUGGAACAGCUACAUGAGAAGACGGAUUUUAUGACUGAUGCGAUCAGAAAUUUUGGACAGGUAGUGGGAAAUUAUAUAGAGCCCACCCAGGAAUCAGAUCAGGAGUGUGCCCUGACAGAACAGAUGAGGGAAGAGGAUGUUUCUGAAUCUUGGGUGCCAGAGAUGGAGGGAGCUGUGGCCCAGCAGGAACAUGAAUUCUUGGAUUUGACAAAUGAACUUGGAAAAAGCCAGAUUUGGAAAGAUAAAGUUUGGUUUGGUUUGGUUUGGUUUGGAAAUGGGGGGUUUGGACUUUUCAAGUCUGGCAAUGGGCCGUGAGAUGUUGUGGGGGCUCUUAAUUUUGGAGGGACUUUGAAACAUGUUCUUAAAUACCUCAUGGAGCUUAGUCUGGACUAUGGAAAAGGGGCUGAUUUGUCGAGAUGGGUCAAAAGCAUUGUCAAGCUGGAGUUCCCAAGAGUGAAAGGAGCAGGAGAUAAAGGAAAAUACAGCUAUAAAUAUGAAGAAGAGCUGCGGAAGGGACAUGGAAGGGACUUAAGGGCCUCGGACAUAAGAUUGCCAGGUUAAUGCGCUAGAUUGAUGAGAUAGAAAGGACUGACAAAACCCGGGACCAGGAGGAAGAGACGCUGGAUGAAGAUUGGAUUUUUUUUUUGUUAUUUUUUCUUAUUAGGAUUGUUUUAUAAAAUUGAUGAAUGUUAGAAAAAUGUUGGAACGAAAUUAUUUGGCUUUAGCAAAAAUGUUUAAAGAAUUAAGUAAGAAUAUUAUGGUUAUUGAGAAAUUGGUAAAAAUAAGAUUUAAGUUUUAAGCUUUAAGGUUUUUAUAGUAAGAUAAGAUUAAAAUAGAUUAAGGUAAAGUAAUGACAGAAUAUUAUGAAAUAUGGAAAGGAUUUGCUGCGACAGUUAAUAACCAGGAUACAAAAAAAGGGAGGAGGGGGAGGUCAAAGAAAGAAGGUAAUGACAGUUAAGGAUUUGAGAAUAUUGGAUUUGUUUUUAAAUGUUUGUGGUAUAUUUUUGUUUUUUGAGCGUGUUGUGCUAUUUUUUGAUUUUGAUUUCUAUUAAUCUGUGUUGUUUGACUGUGGUUUGUUUUUUCUUUGUUUUUUCUCUCUCCUUUUCUUCUUUGUUUUCUUUUGUAAUUCAAAAAUUUUCAAUAAAUAUCAUUUAAAAUAUAUAUAUAUAUAUAUAUAUGCAAAGGGUUUGCAAAUUAUGUGCACCUCAUUGCCUGAGGUUCAAAUACCCACAAACAAGUUUUCCACAUAAAAGAACUUCAUAUCAGAAUUGAGUGAACACCAGAUCAGAUUCUGACCAAUAGCUUGUGUAUUUAGCUAAUGGAACAACAUCUUUUGUUUUCUUGCAGUAUUGAAGUUUUCCCAUGCCUAGAACCCAGCUACUGCUUACAAAAGACAAGAACCAGACGGUCUAGCCUUGAGGAAGAGGAAGAUGUGGGACUGGCCAAAUACUUACCUAAAUCUUUAUUGCUACCCAUCAACACUUUUGCAGGCAUUGUUCAGUGA